AUGGGUGCAGCUUGUGCUAAUGCAAAAUUGAAUUAAACAGUUCCUAUAAUAAAGAUUACAAAUGGAGAAGAUUAAGCAGAAAAAAAUCAAGAAAACCAAUUACAAUAAUAAAGAAGUACAUCUUCUAAAGAACAAAAGAAUACUAAAUUAAGCACAAUUUCAAAAUAAGUUUCAAAUAUUUCAUCAGAAGGAGUACCCAUAAGAAAAAACACAACCUCACGUAUGUCUAUUUCAGGUGAGGAAAGGGAUAAGAAACCUAAAGUUUAAGGGAAAAAUUAAGGUCAAGAAUAAUUAUUAAAACAAAGAGAAUUUAUACUUGAAAAAUUUCUGAAUGAUAUUUAAUUGUUAGACAAGUAAUUAAUGUAAGAUGUCAUCCAGAUGUUGAGAUUCUUCUUAUCUCAUUUAGAAUAAUCUAAUAUUUAUUGGACUAAGUAAUCAUAUCAAUUAAUAUAUUUUUAGAGUUUGGUUAAUUAAUAAAAAUGAUUACAGCAUUGUUGUAGGAUUUACUAAUAAUAUAGGUGAAUCAAGAAAAAUAAGAAUCUUGUAUACAAAACAAAUUGAAUUAGUGGCUAAUCUACUUGAUAACUAUUUAUUUUUCUAAUCACUUGGAAGUUAUAAGAUACAUGAUUUUAGUUUCAGAUUGAACAAAAAACACAAUAAUUUCUAUGUAUUUUCUGAAUAAGAAUAUUGUGAUGUGUCUUUAGAGAAUAUAUAAUUGUAACCAGAAGAUAUCUAACCAUUAUUAGAGUAUCUCUUAAAUACUAUAUAAUUUAUGCAUUCAAAUUUAUAUGUUCAUUCAGGGUAAUUCAUAUUUGUAAUUAAGAAUUAAGCCAUCCAAUGUUUACAUGAUUUAUCUUAAAUAAAAGCAAUUUAAAUUAGACUUAAGUUUUUCUGCUUUUAGAUUCUCUAGAAGACUAAUUAAAAAUAAAAUCAAAGAUUUUAGAGCCAAUCUAGUUAAUGAUUUAGAAGAUAUUGCUAUUCUUAUCAUUAAUUCCUUUUACAAAGGUUCUGAAAUUAGAUAAUAAUUAAAAUAAAAGAAUAUUGACUUUGCUAAUAUUAUUGAAUCCCUAUAUUAAAAAUAGAAGAAUGUUAUUGAAUGCUACAUCAAAGAUAUUAUCCUAUUAUUAUACAGAAAUAGAUAAUAUCUUUAUGAUCUUAAAGCAUCUGAUUAUGUUUAAUUCUUGAAAUGCUAAUCUAACCCUCAAUUAAAAGAACUCAUUCAAGAUAUUCCAAUUAGUAAUAAUAAUAAUAAUAAUAAUAAUAAUAAUAAUAAAUUUAAAAAUGUACUUUUUGAAUACUCUAAAAAUAAAGUAGUUUUUUAUAAUUUAACAUAAACUAGAAAUUAAAAAUCAUACACUUAAUAUGAAUUAAUUGACCAAAAUGAAAAAUCAGUUAAUAUUAUUAAUGGAAGUGCUUAUGUAUAAGAUAAUAAAUUUUAUUUUGCUUUUGAAAAUAUGAUUGGAAUGAUAACUAUUAAACUUAGUUCUGAAUAACUAGAAGAUACUUUAGAAAUGCUCUAAAUAUCAUUAAGAUAAUAUUUAGCUACAAAAGAAUAAUAAAAGAAAGAGAGAAUUGAUUCUGCAUAAAAAAAUUAUUAAUUGCAAUUAUAAAUCAAUUAACAUAGUCCUUCUACUUAAAUUGAAGAUUAAUUCAAAUUCAAAGAUACUACUUAGACUUAAAAAUAACCUAAUAAAAAUUUUCAUGAUAGAAUUUACUUUACUUAUUAAAAUUUAUAAGAAAUAUUUAGCAGUAUUGAUAUUGAAUAAAGAAAUUAUAUUUCAGCCUAACAAUUCUAUGAUUUCCUUUAAUAAUAAACAGAUUCGAUUGAUAAUUCAUUGCUUUAACAACUAUUAUUAGAUAAGAUAUAAGAAAUAGUUUUAUUCUUCUCUGAUAAGAAUUUAACUUUUCAUGAGUUCCUAUAAAUUUUUUCUUUUAGAUCAAAAUAACAAUUGCCUAUAUAUAAAAAGAUAAUUAAACCAUUAAAAUAGGCUUAGAAUGUAAAAUCGUUUACAAUUAUUAAUAAUACUGUUCAUUAUUAUGAUGGUCAAUAUUUAUAUAAUGAUGACAAUCAAAUCGAAAUUCAAUAUGAAUUAAGAUAUCUUAUCAAUAAUUAAAAUCAAUUAUUAAUUAUUGGAAUUCAAGAUGGAUGUCUAUAUAUUCAUACAUAAUACAAUUCUAUAUAAACAGAUGUAAAAAUCAAUUAAGAUUUUGGAUUUUACAAAUUAAAUGAUAUUUACUUUAUUACUCAAUAAAAUGAACUUAUAAUGUAUUGUUUAAAACAAAAAAAAAGUGUAAAACUUAAUAUAAAUGGAAUUACAUCAUAAUGCAAUAUAAUAUACCAUAAAUAUUUUAUACUUUAUUUACAAAAUUAAAAUGUUUAUAGAAUAUUUUUAUCUUAAGAUAAAUGGUGCAUAACAUCAUUUAAUGUAUUCGAAGUAUUAUUUGAAUAUGGAAGAUUAGAUUAAAAAAUAAAAUUGAAAUAAAUAAGUACUAAAUAAAAUUAAAGUGAUGAAUUAAUUGGAUUAUAUUCUAUUAAUAAAGUUUAUUAUCCUAUUACAAAUCAAACACCAUCAUUAUAUAGAAUUUUAUCAGUUUCAAAAGAACAAUAGAAUUAUAUACUUAUAUAAAGAAUCGUACAUGUUGAAUUUGAAUCAUUUGAUGAAUGUUAUUAAAUAUGUAAAUAUUUGGAUCCAUAUUUAUUGGAUUUCUUUCUGAGUGUAGAAUAAUAUGAUGGAAAAGUGAGAUUAAAUUAUAUUAUAGAGAAUUGUGAUCUUAUUUAAAAAGAAGAUUGCAACUUUAAAUUAAUUAAAAGAUGUGUUAAGAAAUUGAAUGAACUAAGAUCUCAUGAUAUAUUUGUUUAAGAUAUGCAUCCAAAUAAUAUAUUUAUUACAACUAAUUCAGUUAUUUUUGCUUCUCUUAUAUAUAAGACUAAUGUUCCUAGUAUUUAUUAAGAAAAACCAGUACCAUUUAUGUCUUCAUUAGAAUAUAUGGAACCUAAAUCAUUUUUGGCUUAUACUUAAAAUUUAACUUAUAAUUAAAUCUUUAUUAAUCCUAGUAAAGCUAAUGUUUACAGUUUAGGAUUAAUAUUUUUAAGAAUGCUUACAAAUUAUCAGAUUAAAAAUACUAAAGAAUAAUAAUUUUAUUUAAUGGAAAUAAACUUGGCACUUUAAUAAUUUUAAAAUCCUAAUUUAAAACCAUUACUUGAAGAAAUGCUAAAAGAGAAUGAAGAAUAAAGAUAUGAUUCUUAUUAAUUAAUAUAAUUUAUUAGAAAAUAUUAAAAAUUAAAUUAAAAAGAAUUAUUCUUUACUUCAUAACCAUUAUAAUUAUUAGAGACUUAAUUACAGUAAACUUUAUAUGGAUAUUAAAACAAUACAAUUUAUCAAUAUCAACAAGUAUUUCAAAUAUAUACUAAUAUUUUAUCAACUAAUUUAUAAGUAUUAUGUGUUUAAUCAAAUGAUGAAGGACAAUUAAUUUUAUUUGCCAAAUCAUUAAAUUAGAAGACAUUUAAAUAUUUACUUCUAUAUAUAUAUUUAUCACAGAAUUAAUAUGAAUAACAACAAUAACAUUCUACUUUAAUUUUUGAAGAAUUAGUAAAUUUCUAAAAAUUUUCAGAGGAAGAAUAAGAUGAACUUGAGAAUAAUCAAUUAUAAAUUAUAUAAUAAAAUGGAUUGCAUGUAUAAUCACCUCAUGUUAUAAUAAAAGAAGUAUAGGUUCCAAUAUUUGAUUUAUAAAAUGUAAAUGAAUGUACAUUUUUAAUAAAUGGAGAAGAUCUUUAUUUUUUUGGAUUUGGAAUAACGAAUGAAAUAAGAAGAGUAGGAUCAAGAGAUUGUUUUGUAUAUAUGCCUAAAAGAAAUUUAUUCAAAAAAGUUGGUUAAAGAACAACUUAUUAUGAAGCUUAAGCAUUAGAUUUUGGUGAAUAUUGGUUGUUAUUAGAAAAGAAUUCAAAUAAUAAUAAGAUUAGAAUUUAGUAAAUUACUAAAGCUUCAUUUUAAUGUAUUGAAAAAGUUAUAAAAUUAAAAAAUAGCUAAAAAUUGUUUUAUUUUAAAUAUUUGUAAAAUGUUAUUGCCAUCUCUAACAAUUUAUGUUGGUAUAUCAACAUUGAAGCAUUUAAAGCAUUUGAAAUAUAAUGUGAUAAUAUACCAAAAUCAUUAAUUUUUAUGCAAAAUACUUAAUAUAAUACAAUUUUAACAUAAGAUGGUGUAUCAACAUUAUAAUUUGAUGGUAAUAUGUUAAAAGUAUAUUGA